UAGCCCAUUAGGGCUCUCUUUUUUCUCUUCGCUUUCUCUCCGCGGCAGUGUUCAAUCCAGCAGCAGCCGACGCAGCAGGAGGGGAAGCUGCUAGAAGAAGCUUGCUGAAGAGGAAGAGGACGGCACCUUCGCAUUUCUACCGGGACUCAGAUCGGAGCCAAGAUGAAAUAUAAUCCAAGAGUCACAAGCUCGAGGAGGAAGUGCCGGAAGGCACACUUCACCGCACCUUCAAGUGUCAGGCGUAUUCUCAUGAGUGCUCCUUUGUCACCGGAACUUCGUAACAAAUAUAAUGUUCGAUCGGUUCCAGUUCGCAAAGAUGACGAGGUGCAGGUUGCUAGAGGAACAUUCAAGGGAAGAGAAGGGAAGAUUGUUCAAGUUUAUAGAAGGAAGUGGGUUAUUCACAUUGAGCGUAUCACGAGGGAAAAAGUUAAUGGUACGACUGUGAACGUUGGCAUAGAUCCUUCAAAGGUCAUGAUCACCAAGCUGAAGUUGGACAAGGACCGGAAGGCCUUGUUAGAGAGGAAGGGGAAGGGCAGAGCCGCAGAGAAGGGAAAAGGCAAGUUCACUGCAGAAGACGUUGCUGCGUCUCUUCAAGGCGUCGACUAAUCGUAGGGCAAAGCCUCUUUCACCGUUCGUGAAUUUUCCUGUAGCUUGAUUGCAGCAAGAGAUAAACGAUAGAGCGCGUAGGCAGCUAAAUGUUGAGAGUCGAGACCCUAUUUGUUGCUUCUUCUGCUUCGUAUGCAUCAGGUUGUUUUGGUAUUCAUUUGCAUUUUUGAACCUCUUGUGUUUGGACGAUUGAUUACGUGACGGCUUUACGUUUUUUAA